AUGGCCUCGCCGAUGUCCGUUCCAGAAACUCCUCGAGUCAUCUCUCCGUCGCCUUCUCUCUCCGAUAGAGCUGACCCACGUGACGGGUAUUUUGCGCCGACAACGCGGUCGGCAGCGCGUCAGCAGCGUCUUUCAGAGGUUUCAGAAGAAGGAUCUGGCUCAGGGAGGUCGUAUAGCCUGCAUGAGGCGACACCGUCUGGUCCAUCGCAAAAUCGCCGCCCCAAACGCAGAUCGAAUCCGAAAAUCCCAGCCUCGCCCCCAGCGACCAAUGGAAAAGCCUCCAACGGGUUCCUCUCACCUAACUCAAAGCUCCCUGAUGCCUUGCGCGACAUUUCUCGAUCACCUUCGCCUCUCGGUCUUAUCCCCCUUCAUACUCGUUACCGCAGUUUCAUCCACCGCCAUGAAAUCCCUCGCAAGCUCUUGCAUGUGUCGAUUGGAUUCUUGACUCUUCAUCUCUACAGCCGAGGCAUCCAAACACUACAAAUAACUCCGGUUCUAUUCUCCGCAUUAGUGCCAAUUGCGGCUACGGAUGUUGUUCGGCAUCGGUCCGAGAGAUUCAACAAAUUCUAUAUCCGUUGUAUGGGGGCUCUCAUGCGCGAGACGGAGGUUUCUGGCUACAAUGGCGUGAUCUGGUAUCUCCUCGGCGCGUAUGCCGUAUUGAGAUUUUUCCCUAAGGACGUUGGUGUCAUGGGCGUCCUCCUUCUCAGCUGGUGCGACACAGCCGCGUCCACAUUCGGCCGUCUUUACGGCCGUUAUACCCCCCGUCUCCGGCCGGGCAAGAGCUUGGCGGGCACUAUGGCCGCCUGUGCCGUUGGUGUUGCUACGGCCGCGGCUUUCUGGGGCUGGUUCGUCCCAACCAUGGGCAGCUUCCCGAAUGACCCUGAAGGCGCCUUCAUGUUCACUGGCCGCUUGAACCUGCUGCCGAACUGCGUCCGAGGUCUUUUGGGCUGGGAGAGUGGUGACUCUUCGUCCACCACCAUCACCGGCCCACUAGCCCUCGGGGUCAUGAGCAUGGUUUCUGGCGUUAUCGCAGCUGGCAGCGAGUUCAUUGAUCUCUGGGGCUGGGAUGACAACCUGACUAUCCCUGUUCUGAGCGGUCUUGGCCUCUGGGGAUUUCUCAAGGUCUUUGGUUAG